AUGCAGCGAGGCGCGGGGCACUUUUCCAACAGCUCCUCCGCCGGGAGAGCCAGUGGCACGGCGCGGCGCCGCAGCCCGCCGCUCUCCCCGGCUCCCUGGAGGAGAAGCAGCCCGGGCGCCAUGCAGCGAGGCAGGGUAAGGGGCUGCGGGGCGCGGGCGGUGGCGGGCGCGGUGUCCCCGGUGUCCCCAUCCCCGCUGACGGCGCCGUCGUUGCAGGUGCGGGCGGCGCUGGCGGCGCUGCUCUGCGCGGCGCUGCUCCCGCUCCGCCCGGAGGCCGCCAGGGCGCCCAAGCAGCGGCCGGCGCGGACCCGGAGCUGCGGCGAGCGGCCCGAGGAGCUGCUGGAGCAGCUGUACGGGCGGCUGGCGGCGGGCAUGCUCAGCGCCUUCCACCACACCCUGCAGCCCGAGCCGCCGGGCCGCCAGCACAACGCCAGCUGCCCCGCCGGGGCACGGCCGCCCGCGGACAAGAGGGUCCGGCUCCCCGUCAACCUGCGCAGCGCAUCGCCCUGGGCAUACAGAAUUUCCUAUGAUCCCACGAGGUACCCCAAGUACAUUCCCGAAGCCUACUGCCUGUGCAAAGGCUGCCUGAUGGGGAUCUUUGGCGAGGAGAGCUUGCACUUCCGCAGCACCCCAGUGUUCAUGCCCACCGUCAUCCUGCGCCGCACGCCCGCCUGCGCCGGGGGCCGCUACGUCUACACCGAGGACUACAUCACCAUCCCCGUGGGCUGCACCUGCGUCCCCGAGCAGGAAAAGGAGGCAGAGAGCGUCAAUUCCAGCAUAGAUAAGCAAGAAGUGAAGCUGCUGGUGGGCCAGAACAAGCCCUCAUCAGAAUGAAGAAUGUAUUGGAAGUCAUGUUUCAGUACUGGCCUCACAUAAUCAUCUCACCACCUCAGGAAACUGCAACACCGCAGCAAACACACUCAGUCAUCCUCUUUUUCUGCUUGCAGUUAUUUCAGAUCUAAGAUGGAAAGUCCAGUCACUCAGUUCAUUAGAGAUGGCAAUUAAUUCUAUUUCUUUCACUCAUGUAAACUUGUUUAGUUCAUUAUUGCAAACUCCAAAGUAGCCUCUUUUUUCUCCUUAGAGCAGAACAUUUUAUCUUUGCUUAUUCACAGUACAUUUUAGAAGAUGAUGCAACUGUAAGACAUGGUAGCUAUUACUAUAGCAGGCUACUGGUUGUAGAUAUUUUUAAGGAAUCUUAUAUUCUACUUUUAAGUACCCUUAUAUAAAAAUCACUCAGCUGCUGUACAUGUGACAAAUCAGCAGUUAAAAGGACAAUUUCUCAGGCUGGGAGAGUGUCCCUUUAUACUGCAUAAACUCCAAGCUUUGCCUCUGAGCUGUUACCUCUUUGGCUAAUUUAUACACUACAGAAAGGAAACCUUUGCUGAGUUGGAGUCAUUCAUGAAGCAAUAGCCUGUGUGCUUGCUAUUUUUAAGCUUGCCAAAUUGCUAAGGUUACAAAGGUGUUGAGAAAAAACAUACUAGAAUAUUGUAAAAAUGCAGCAGACUUUCUUGAUGUGGACUAUGUCUAAUUACACAGAAAAUAUCAAUUAGGAAAAAUACAGUUUGGGUCCCAAGAAUUCUGUAUUCAAUUUCAUCUAUCACUGACUGCUUAACUUCCUUGUGAUAAAACUGUUCCAUGCAGUUGAAAGGCCAAAACCUUUUAUUUUAGAAGAGAUUCCCCAUUAAAAAGAAAUUACCAAGGGUCAGCUUAACCUCAGGUGCGCUGCAGGUGAGUAAGCAGGUCUUGGGUCUUAACUUCCAAAUCCUACAAGAGGUCUUUGAGUUGAGUCCCAGCCAAUCCAAACUUGUUAAAUCCAACUGUUUUUUACAAUUACUGUUACUCAUUUCUCCUUAUGCUACACGUAACAGAUGAUCACCUGCAAAAGCUGACUGGGCAGCCUUCCAUUUGUGCAGCCUAAUGCUCAUGGAACUUGAUGGCAGGCCCUCACCAGAAACCCUGCAUACACAAAAACUUGCAUUUCCAGAACAAGAGACUGAAGUUGACUCAGCCUAGUGAAUGAGAAUCACGAAAGACCAGGCAUGCCUUGCACAAACGUAAUUCCUCAGAGGGUCACACUUACCAAAACAGAUAAACCUCUGAAUGCACAGCAGAGAAUCUCUUUUACAGAUGAAAGAUCAUGACAGCAAGAUCUUUACAGAAUAAACAUAAUAUGCAGCAAUGUAUUUGCUAAAUCAUGAAUCUCUAAAUUUGCCUUAAUUCAUAGCAGAGAAAGCCCCUCUCUACAUAAACAACUCUUCUUUGGAGUGUUGUUGCAUGAAGAAUGGAAAGACUAAGCUAAUCACAAUUAGCUAGUUGAAGACAUAAUGUAAGUCAUAUGACAGCUCCAUGUCUUGGUGCAUAAUUAUUGAUUGUGCUCUCUCUGACUCAGUCUAGCAUAACAGUAUUUUUACAGUGCAAUCUGUGAAACCUCUUACAAAGCCUAAAAUAACUUUAAGAACUCCAGAAAUGAAUCAAUAUUCCCAUCACAAUGUCAGAUUGAAGUUUGUAGCUCUGUUUUUUGUGCAGAUGCUUUUCCUCAAUUCUCCUUGUCUUUCAAUCUGUGUUUCCUCCAAUUGUGAUGCUUCUAUCUCAAGGGGAUUCUCAAAGGUGUCCAGAGAUGGUCAUAAAAUGUUUAUGCUACUCAGAGCACAGCUAAUUGCCUGGCUGCUGCCAGCAAUUUUAGGUAGUUACCUUUUCCCCAGAGAAUGUAAAUACUUGCAGCAGUUACAACCUCUUUUCCUUCCUCCUAAUGCAGAGGAACUUCUCACCCUCUGAGCAGAGGGAAAUGGUAAUCAGAGGGGCUCAAAAGAGAGGCUGACCCACAGAACUGGAGAAACACUGCACUAGGGGAUGUUUCAGUAGCCUGAUCCCUUCCAGUUUCAUCAUUAGAUUGCGAGGUUUUCCUCCACAUGUACACUUAUGGCAGUGUGAAGCUGAACCUUCAGACUCCACAGCAUAGAAAGCAAAGUCUUCACCCUAUCAGGCAAUAAAAUGACCCCAAACAACAACAGCAAAAUGUCCAACCAUGUCUGCAACAAAUUUGUUAUUAGAGCACAUGGAUAUAUAUUUGCAUCAUGUGGAGAGAAAAAAAAAUCUAAUUUUUUUUUUUACUACAACUCUCUUGUCCUCCAGACACAAAUUAUGGAGUAAUUUUUAGGUUUGCAAGUAACUAGAGCAUGUUCAGGGAAUUCCUGUGAGGUGCAAGCCUAAAAGCAGGUAAAUGGAACAUAAUAAUUUUCUCCACUCCAGAAAAAGAGAUGCUUUAGUUUAUAGAAAGUUUCAGAAAUUGGAUGACUGAAAGUACUUGAGAACUGCAAAAUCUCCAUGGAUCAAUAGAUCGCUUGUGUUGGUGACCUCCUUCUCGUCACACUGCAACAAGUGCAGAAAGCUUCCCAUGGUUCAGGCAUCUUUAUGUUAUUUUAUUCAGAAGCUCAUUUUCUCUUCUUAAUCCUCCUUUUCCCCUGUGACAGACAUUUUAGCUGAGCCAAUUUGCUUCCUGAUCCAGUUUUUCAAUUAGGUGUCUCUUAAAAGCUGUUUAUGUUUUAGCACGAGCAACUGUUUGAUAUUUUGUUAGUGAGCAACUGUUUGUUAAUACUUAACAUCAAGAGCUAUUAGCUACACAAACACUUGCUGGCCUUCAAUGUAUCCUUCCAUAUAUCCUUUCUCCACAUUACUCAUGUGGGAAAGGUUGAGUGUUAAAUGUAGUUUGCAUUUGUUUGGAAUUGUUUUUUUUUAAUGAGGUCAAUGCAUCAUGGAUUUAUAUCAGUUUCACUUCAAAUGUGGUGUGACAUUUUCCAGCUUCCAGCCCUCUGCUUACAGCUGCCACAGCCUUGCCUUUAAUUUGCAUGGGGGAGGGAGUGUUCAUUGGAGUUGCUUCAAGGCUUCACAAACUGUUGACAGAAGGAAGACAUGAAAUGCCUCACUGAACCAACUCCAGGCCCAAUAAAUGCAAACAAUUCAAAGCUAGAA